CUAAAGCUUUGAUGAAUCAGUUUCCUUGGAACGUUCGCUAGAGUCUAACGGGGAAGACGUUAAACCCACAAGAGACAGAUAUUUUCUCUGCUUCAAAUUCAACUAUAUCCUACCGUCAAAAUGAGAGAAAUCGUGCAUGUUCAAGCCGGUCAAUGUGGCAACCAAAUUGGAGCCAAGUUCUGGGAAAUUAUCUCCGAUGAGCAUGGUAUUAGCACCACUGGCAAUUAUGAGGGCACCUCGGAUCUCCAAUUGGAACGCAUCGACGUCUACUACAAUGAGGCCAGUGGAGGGAAAUAUGUUCCCAGAGCAAUCCUCUUGGACUUGGAACCGGGAACCAUGGACUCUGUGAGGUCGGGACCUUAUGGACAGAUCUUCAGACCUGACAACUUUGUUUUUGGACAAUCAGGAGCCGGCAAUAAUUGGGCCAAAGGACAUUACACGGAGGGAGCCGAAUUGGUGGACUCUGUUCUUGAUGUGGUGCGAAAAGAGGCGGAGUCUUGCGAUUGUCUGCAAGGAUUCCAGAUGACCCAAUCCUUGGGUGGAGGAACUGGCUCGGGUAUGGGAACCCUGCUAAUCUCAAAGAUCAGGGAAGAAUACCCUGACCGAAUCAUGAACACCUACUCCGUGGUGCCUUCGCCCAAGGUGUCUGACACCGUGGUAGAGCCCUACAACGCCACCCUCUCCGUCCAUCAAUUGGUCGAAAACACCGAUGAAACCUACUGCAUUGACAAUGAAGCUCUCUAUGAUAUCUGCUUCCGUACCUUGAAGCUCACCAACCCCACCUAUGGAGAUCUGAACCACCUCGUGUCCUUAACCAUGUCCGGAGUGACCACCUGUCUCCGAUUUCCGGGUCAGCUGAAUGCCGAUCUGCGAAAACUGGCCGUGAACAUGGUUCCCUUCCCUCGUCUUCAUUUCUUCAUGCCUGGUUUCGCACCUCUCACGGCCCGAGGAAGCCAGCAGUACAGGGCUUUGAGCGUGCCCGAGCUCACUCAACAAAUGUUCGAUGCCAAGAACAUGAUGGCCGCUUGUGAUCCUCGCCAUGGUCGCUACUUGACCGUGGCGGCCAUCUUCCGUGGCCGCAUGUCCAUGAAGGAGGUAGACGAGCAAAUGUUGAACAUCCAGAACAAGAACAGCUCCUACUUUGUGGAGUGGAUUCCGAACAAUGUCAAGACUGCCGUGUGCGAUAUCCCUCCUCGAGGGUUGAAGAUGGCAUCCACCUUCAUUGGAAAUUCCACUGCCAUCCAGGAGUUGUUUAAGCGAAUCUCCGAACAAUUCACCGCCAUGUUCCGACGUAAGGCUUUUUUGCAUUGGUACACUGGCGAAGGUAUGGAUGAGAUGGAGUUCACGGAGGCCGAGUCGAAUAUGAAUGACCUGGUUUCCGAAUACCAACAAUACCAAGAGGCCACCGCUGAGGACGAGGAGUUCUACGAUGAGGAAGAGAUCGAGCCUGAGAUGGAAUAACUCGCUCCAAGAAAUUUGAGACGUCUUACCCAGUAUACUUUACGCCGACUCACUCUUAACAAAUUGGUCUUCAUGAAGGCUCUGUGCUAAAAUUGGCGCUUGUUCAAUAAAUCUAACAUCUGUAACGAACUUGCGUUUGCUGUUGAGAUGUGUUCAUGAAAAAGUGUAAAAAGACUAAAAUAAAUAUGGCAAUUUGUU